AUGGCCCUCUCAACCGAAGUCAACAUCACCGUCAACCCCCCCUACCACCUUCGCGACGGCGCCACACCUUCCCACUUUACCUCCUCCAACCUGCCCUGGAUCACCGGCACAUGGCACACCACGUACUCGACCAACCCCGAAGAGCAAUCAGGCAAGCGCAAUGCGCGCAUCUGCCUCAGCCUGAUCCGGGGCACCAACUCCGUCUCUUCGGAUUCUGAGGGUUCCGACUCGGAUAUGGAGCCCGACAAGGACCGGAUCCUCGCCGUCCGCUCGUACCAGAACCUGCACUCGUCGGCGAUCCAAGACGUCGGGCAAACCGACCUCUUCCUCGACGAGCUGGACCAGGGGUUCACGCAGGUGAACGGGCCCAUUAUGCGCCAGCGGUGGGAGAUCAUUGCGUGGGGAAAGGAGGGACAGCUGGAGGAGUGGAUGAAUGAUGACGGCUCGGGCUGGAUCGUGGACAACUCGGGGGAGGCCAGGCCGGAUUGGAGGAAUAGUUAUGUGGUGGUGUAUAUCGGAAAUGACCUUGGCAAGUUGAGGAAUGUGGGCGAGGGCACGAUUGAGAUUUGGGAUCGGUUUGGGCCGAGUGGACCCCUCAGGGAGGAGACGGUGGAGAAGAUUAGGGAGGCUUUGCAAGCGUUGGGAGGGAAGGAUGAGCGGUUCGCAAAGUUGGCAUCAAGGUUGCAGAGGAUGAGGAUGGAUGAGGGGAGGAAGAGUGAGGAUGAUGCGAGGAUAAGGGCGUAUUAA